AUGGAGCCCGAGCCCGCCAUCCUGGGCGUCGCGCCCGCUGAGGUGCUGGAGGACGUGCUGCGGGAGCAGUUCGGGCCGCUGCCCCAGCUGGCUGCCAUCUGCCGGCUCAAGCGGCUGCCGUCGGGCGGCUACUCGUCCACCGAGGACCUGCAGCUGGUGCUCGAGCGGCGGCGCGUGGCCAACGCCAAGGAGCGCGAGCGGAUAAAAAAUCUCAACCGUGGUUUUGCCAAACUGAAGGCACUUGUGCCCUUUCUCCCCCAAAGCAGGAAGCCUAGCAAAGUUGACAUCCUUAAAGGUGCAACCGAAUACAUACAAGUUCUCAGUGAUGUCUUGGAAGGAGCCAAAGUCUCUGAGAGACAGAAUCCAGGUCACCAGAACUAUAGCAACCGCCCUCCCGAACCACCCGUAGCGCUGGCUGGAGAUGUGCCGAGGAACCUGGGGCAGCACGCCGGCCGCCCUGUGGGCUUGAAGAGCGAGGAGGAGAGGCCCUGGGCGGACGGCGGCAGCGGGUAGGUUCCUAGAAGUGGAAGUCCUGAGUCACAGGCUCCCCCAAGUAUGAAAAAUGAACAGGCCCCACCCAGGGCGAUCUUCU